GGCAACCCUCGGCGGAGAUGAAGGCGGACUCCGAUUGGCUCUGAUCUCCCGAGGCCUUUUUCAUUCAGGAGCUUGGUCGCCCGUUAUCAAUAUGGCAGAGCCGUUAGCCCCAGUACCAACCACUGCAAAAAUGGCGUCACUUAGCCGGGUUCGAGCUCUGACGAUGAUUUUCUUAACUGUCAGCGGCUGUUUUGUCACGCCGACGAGUGGCAGGGAAGGGUCCGAGGAGACGGUCAUCAUCGGGCUCAGACUGGAGGACACGGACGACAUUUACUUCAUGGACAGAGGAUACCUCCGAGUGAGCGAAAAGUCCCGGGUGAAAUUGAGGGUGUACGGGCAAAACAUCAACAACGAGACUUGGUCCAAAAUUGCCUUUACGGAACACGAGCGGACCCGAGGGAACAUUGACAGCUCGUCGGGGGACAACCAGAGCCAAGAAGACACGUCCGGCAUGCAUCCCUGCGGUAUUAGGACUUCGGAUAUAAUCAUAUUGCCCAACAUCAUCCUGAAUCGCAAGACGUCGGGAAUAGUUGAAAUUGAGGUCAAACCCCUGCGAAAGACGGAGAGAAGUAAAGCAUAUUACCUUUGCAUCGCCACGCCAACACCAGCCGUCGCUGGCAUGCACGAUCCCUGGACAGAGAACACAUGGAUCUAUCACGAUGGAGAUGACACCAAAGUGAUAGUGGUGGAGGAGAGGAAGUUCCUGCUGCCGUUCUGGCUCCAGGUGAUCUUCAUCUCCAUGCUGCUUUGUCUGUCGGGCAUGUUCAGCGGGCUGAACCUGGGGCUAAUGGCACUGGACCCGAUGGAGCUGCAGAUAGUCCAGAACUGUGGCACGGAGCGGGAGAAGAAUUACGCCAAAAAAAUCGAGCCGGUCAGGAGCCAAGGGAAUUACUUGCUUUGUUCACUCCUUCUUGGGAACGUGCUGGUGAAUACGACGCUGACCAUUUUGCUGGAUGAUAUCGCUGGCUCAGGGCUGAUCGCGGUGGUGAUGUCCACCAUCGGGAUAGUGAUCUUCGGCGAGAUCGUGCCGCAGGCCAUCUGCUCUAGACAUGGCCUCGCCGUUGGGGCCAACACGAUAUUCCUCACCAAGUUUUUCAUGCUGCUCACUUUCCCCGCUUCCUACCCGGUGAGCAAACUGCUAGAUUAUCUGCUGGGCCAGGAGAUAGGGACCGUGUACAACCGAGAGAAACUUCUGGAGAUGUUGCGCGUAACGGACCCGUACAACGACCUGGUGAAAGAGGAGCUGAACAUCAUACAGGGCGCCCUGGAGCUCAGGACUAAAACCGUGGAGGACGUGAUGACCCCGCUGCGAGAUUGUUUUAUGAUCCCCGGCGACGCCAUCCUCGAUUUCAACACCAUGUCUGAGAUUAUGGAGAGCGGGUACACGCGUAUUCCCGUGUUCGAGGGGGACAGGUCCAACAUAGUGGACCUGCUCUUCGUCAAGGACUUGGCAUUCGUUGACCCAGAUGAUUGCACUCCGCUUAAAACAAUUACAAAGUUUUACAGUCAUCCGCUGCACUUUGUGUUCAAUGACACCAAACUGGAUGCGAUGCUGGAAGAGUUCAAGAAAGGAAAAUCCCACCUGGCCAUAGUCCAGAGGGUGAACAAUGAGGGUGAAGGUGACCCCUUCUACGAGGUUUUGGGUAUCGUCACUCUGGAAGACGUCAUCGAAGAAAUCAUCAAGUCAGAGAUCCUGGAUGAGACUGACCUGUACACUGACAACAAGACGAAGAAGAAAAUCACCCAUCGGGAAAGGAAACAGGAUUUCUCGGCCUUCAAGCCCACCGACAAUGAAAUGAAGGUUAAAAUAUCACCUCAGCUUCUGCUGGCUACCCUACGUUUCCUAGCAACAGAGGUAGAGCCAUUUGGACCGGUUCAAAUGUCAGAGAAGAUUCUACUGCGUCUGCUGAAGCACCCAAACGUUAUCCAGGAACUGAAAUACAACGAGAAGAACAAGCUGGCAGCCGAACACUACCUCUUCCACAGAAACAAGCCCGUGGACUACUUCAUACUCAUCCUCCAGGGGAAAGUGGAGGUGGAGGCAGGAAAAGAGGGGAUGAAGUUUGAAGCGGGACCAUUCUCCUCCUAUGGGAUGAUGGCUCUCACAGCCUCACCAGUCCCCAUGUCCCUGUCUCGUACCUUUGUGGUCAGCAGGGCUGAAUCAUUAGCAGGAUCCCCAGAGAAUAAGUCGCCCCCACGGCCGUUUGGACUCAACCACUCGGACUCUCUGAACAGGAGUGAUCGUAUAGAUGCCAUCACCCCUACACUGGGCAACAGUAACAACCAGCUCAAUGCCUUUCUGCAAAUCUAUGUACCUGACUAUUCUGUCAGGGCCAGCUCAGACCUUCAGUAUAUAAAGGUGACGCGACAGCAGUACCAGAAUGCACUGAUGGCAUCACGCAUAGACAAGACGCCCCAGUCCACAGACAGCGAGUUCACCAAGAUCGAGCUCACGCUGACGGAGCUCCAUGAUGGGGUAGAUGCCCCUACUGUGCCCAUCUCCACUAGUAUCACUCUCACAACUUCUGCCACAGCUACAGCAGUGGCCAACGAGACCUCCCACCUGCUCAAUCAGCAGCAGAACUGUGUGGGCCUCAGCAGGAGCAACCACAGCGCCCACAGUGAGGGACCCAUCUAACCCCCCCCCUCCCCGCCCCAACACACACACACUCAGCCUGGUGGAGACUGGGUGGAUAGGGGUAGAGAGGAGCAACCCGGUCGUGCCUUUGGGACAGAGGCUAACACCUCCAACCCUCCACCUAGAUCCUCUACCCUGUCAUAUGGACAAACAUGGAGAGAUGGGGUGGUUGGAGAUGAGGGAAGAGAGGGGUUGGAGUGAAGGUCCAACCCCAACCAAAAGCCCCUCAGUAAGUCAGACCCUUUUUAGGAGGGGGCCGUGUCAAAGUGGGGUGCUGGAGUCCCCCCCCCCCCCCAACACACAUACACACACCUGAGCACAGUCAUAACCCCUACCAUGCAACGUUUUCUGAGAGAGGGUGGACAACACUCUGGACUGAGCUUCUUCUUUGGGACACUCCAUUUCUAAAGUAGUGACUUGGACUAUUGAACAACAGUAUACAUGCAAGCCCCCCCGUCCCUUAUCCUUAUGCAUACAUUACGCACAAAUAAAACAUAUACCCACACACAAACACACACUCCAGAACCAUUUUCCUCAGGCCAAAGACUUUGGUCCCCACUCAUUAGCACAUUAGACAUAAGUUUCACACACACACGCACACACAUGCGCACACAUAUACACACAUAAACACCUAUGCAUAUAGGAAAAUAGGAAUUCCCAGCUGUGCAUUUUUCAGGGAGGCUCAGUUGACUGUUGAACCCAACUAUGAAUGACUGAAAAUCAGGCACCCAAACAAGCAGAGAGGAAUGGUUAAGUCAAAGACUGUACCAAAUACUGCUUUGAGAGAAACCGUUAAACUAUGAACCAAGAAUGUUUUCCUGUAUUUAUUUAUUUUAUGAUAAUGUAUGUAUAUAUGUCUGCGUGGAGACGGAUAUGACAGAAACUGGCAUACUAACAUGCAUGAGCAUGUACACAUAUGUUUAUGCUGGGUAUACGUCAUAUCAAAAGGACAUGCUACAUAUAUGGAGAUACACAUACAUUUAUGUAUAUGAAUAGGUAAAGGUAUUUUACAGAUAUGUAUAUUACAGAUCUUGUUAUUUUUACUAUUAUCCUAAAUCAGGCCUAUGGUACAGUAUCUUUUUCACCUUUUUAAAAAUAAAAAUCACACUAUUGCCUUUAAAUCAUUUGAUUAAUUAUUUUAACAAAGUGCAAUGAACCAGUUUAUUUAAGAGAUGAUUAUGGAUUAAAAAGAAAAAAAAAAUCACUGUAUUAUAAAUUGAAAGAUAUAUUUGUAUGUAUGUACUGUACGUAUAUGUAUAUUUGUUUGUUUGUUUGUUUGUUUGUUUUGUUGAAAAAUGCAAAGCUGCAGCCGUCCACAAGCAUAGUUCUCCUCAGUGAGUAUUUUCCUUAUCUUACACUCCCUCUCUCUCGCUUUCGCUCUCAUUCUUGCUCUUAUGCGUUUGGAGUAUGAUCAUAAACCCUAUGACCUCAAGUAUAACUUCAUUUGUGGUUUGAUAUGGGAGUGAUGGCUCCUAUAAAACUAUAGCAAUGCAGUUCAAGCGAUUGGGUGGGGCAAUUACUAAUGGGGGGGGGCAUGGGGGGGUGUAUUGAAAGUGCU